AAAAUAGCCCAGGUUCCAUUCCACCAACCGCACUCAACACCCAACAUUCUCUCUCUUCUUUUCUGAUCACAAAAAUCUAGAAGAAAGAAAGAAAAACAAAAUAAAAGGGUACGUGCAUGAUGCCUACAGCCAAAGCCAAAGCUUCCGGCAGGCCGAGGCACCGGUCCUUGUGCGAGAAGUCGGCGGCGAUCGCGGUGAACAUCGUCAAGACGUCGUCGCUCGUCCUCGCGAAGAUGGCGCUGGGACCGCCACAGUCCUCCUCCGCAGCAGCCCCGGCGAAUCGAAACCGCAGUCACGGUAUUCCGCCCGUCGAGGCGUCUGCGCCUUCCCCUGCAGCUGCAGCUGCAGAUGCAGAUGAUCAUCAGACGGAUACAAGGAGCACCGUGGCUGCCGCGACGGCGCCGAUGCCGCACCCCACGAAAUCCUACGUGAAGGAGCCCGACAUAAAACUAAAAGCUGAAGAAUAUAUCAGGAUGGUUCGCGAGAGGCACUUCUCCGAUGCGACCGCCAGCGCUGCCGACCUCGCGAACUGCAUCCCGCCA